AUGGAUCCACAUCCUUUAUCCAACAACCUCAAAAUUCCCGCGGAUCUAUGUUUGGGACAUCCUUUGAAUCAGAGAGCAUCUAGAAUUAGAGUUGAACAAUUGGCUGCAACUACAUCAGCUCGACUCGAAGAGGCUACCAAAGCUAUUCAGGCAUCAAAUGAGAUUGCUCGGAAGGCAACAGAACAAUAUCAAGCGUCUAAUGAGUUUGCUAAGAAGUUGGAGUCUGAACUGAAUGCUUUGAAGGCAUUUAUCAUGCAGAAGCUUGACGCUACAAAUGGUCAAUCUACUAGUGUUGUCAUUCGAUCGUCAAAUCCUCACUAUGAUGAUGAUUUAGAUGACCAAUCAUUAAGUGAAGAUUGA